GGAGUUGGAAAAUGAGCCUAUUUUCAAAAAAAGUGGAGUGUUCCUUUAAUAUAGUUAUCUGUUUAUUGUAAUCAUGUGCUGCAGUUACAGUGACUCACCACUUUAAAUCCUCAAGCUCUAUAAAGCAGGAUGGAUUCUGGUUGGCAAUGUUUUUAUCGUUCUUUUUUUUUUUUCCCCCACUGUGAUGUGGACUUCCCUAUUUUCAUAGAGUGAUUAUUAAACCUUUGUAGUUAUUGUGUGAACAGGCCUUUUUUAGAAUGAUUUUUCCAGCUGAUGAAUGACAUAACCUCUAAAAGCCAAUCAGAACCCACCCUAAUAUAAAGAGUUUGAGUAUUUAAAGCUCCACGCUGAAACAGCUGGAGUCUGUCUACACUGGACUUGACGAAGAGACUGUUGCAAAUCCAUUUGUCCUUCAUGUCAGAAGUAGCGCAAGCAAUUGGAGUACGUCAGAAAUGAAACGGCAUUAGUUUACUAUCGGGGAUUUGUCGUGUGAUGCCCUGUUAUAUUUCUGAGGUACUUUAAGCACUUGCGCUGCUGACACCAGUAUUAAUUUCAUUGACGAAUAUUUUUCGCCAUCAUUUUCGUCAACAACUUUUUUCCAAUGACGAAAGCGAGACUAUAACUAAAUAAAAAAACAGUUUUGAAUGACAAAAACCUUUUGACAUUUUCAUCAAUAAAUAAAAACAAGAUGAAUAUGUUAGGGAGGGAAGAUUUGGGAAGAGAUCCAGUCAGAAAGAUUUGAUGCGCACAUUUGAAUUGUAACGUGUUGAUCUACCCAGCGGGACAUAAACUGGCAUACACUUGCUGCAUGUCUCAUAAAACAUUCAAAAAUGUAAACAUCUGGGAGAAAGAGAAGAGCAUAUAGAUAAAUCUGAAAAAGCUUGACGACACAAAAGAGAGCUCAAUUCAGUACAGUUGUCUGUGCGCACACACAAAGCCGCCUCUAGACACCGCCCAAGUACUGAAUUGAGAUCUCUUUUGCAUCUUUUCAAACUUGAACAAAUACACACAAAAAUUAUGUCAAAAUGUCCAUUCUGGCGAGUAUUCACGUUAACCAACUCUGUUAUGUCUUAAGUUAACGUAAACAGUUGUGAGAAUAUGGGAUGUGUAUUGGAUCCUUGCAUUCAGCCUUAAAGUGACAGCAGCCUAAUAAACCUGCUGCUGUCUGUAAUUAGUGUUAAUCAAACAACAAAAGAAAAAGAAAAAAAUCACUCAGUGUUCUUGAUUGAAUAACUUUAAUAGCUUUAAUAAGGAUUCAUCUAUAUUUAAUUUAUGCAAAUAAAUGUCUGCUUGAAAGAAUGAAGAAUGUUUUAUGCAAGUUGUUAUAUGAAGACUGCAUCAUUAAUUAAAAGUCCAUGUUCUUGUUAAUGAGAAGUAGUUUUAAUUAAUUUUAAGAUAAAUAAAGACAUGUUAUAUGUCACAGCAGUUAAAUCUGUCUAUUGCAUGUUCAUACCUUAUUAUCAUUCAUAUUAACGGGUUAAUAGAUGUUUUCUCCAGGAGUACAGUCAAGCCAAAAAUGAUUCAGACACUAAAUAUAAUUUCUUAUAUUUUUUUUACUAGUAGGUGCAGGACACCAUAUAUGUCAUUUAUGUAAGUGAGGAUAGCAAAAUAAAGUAAACUGUGACAUAUUGUACCAGUAAAAUUGAUAAAAAUUUUGAACCAAAAAUUAUUCAGACACUUUGACCUGACCAUGUUUUGCUUAAGUGUUAUCUGACAUAAUUAAGAUUAUUUUUUUCUGACAGUUUAACUCUGAGAUCUUGUCAUUUUUUAUUACCAUUUUUUUUAAACUAUAGUGAAUAAACUGUAUUAAUGAAUGAAAUGUUCAAGGUGUCUGAAUAAAUUUUGGUUUGACUGUAUAUAAUGAGUAUGGACAUUUUAGAGAAAAGCUUAAUUGAUGCAUUACAAUUUAACUAAACCCAUUAGAUUUUAGAUUUAAUCUACAGUAGAUUUAGUCGACUAAAACUAGACUUAAACUAAAAAAAUUCAGAAGACUAAAAUACGACUAAAACUAAAUGGCAUUUUAGUCAAAAAACUAUUGCUGCGUCCGAAAUCAAAUACUUCCCUACGAUAUUGUAUGCGAAAAUCAGUACACCAACAGUACGUCUGAAUUCAUAGUAUUCGAAAAACAGUAGGCGGAAAGUCGCUGGACGACUUACUACUUCCGGCAAGAUCCUGAAGUGUGCAUUCGAUGGACACUUUACUAUCCCAUGAGGCCAUAGGUGAAGCGACGCAACUGAUGCUGGUAGGUCACGUGAUAAUGACAACAUGGCGGAUGUAGUAUGUCCAGAUUACAUUCAUACUAUGCAGAACAUACAUUUUUAAUAGUCGCAAAGUAAGCUCAAAUUCAAAUGUAGUAUCUACUCAGUACGCGAGUGCGGAUGCACCGACUGACUAAAACUAAAUCAAAAUUUGCAUGACAAAGGAAAAUUUGAUUUGCAAUGGUCGCUUUGACAUGUCCAGCGUAGACCGCUUCAAGCUGUUGCGUCGCAACUCUAACACAGUUUGUUCGCUCUUAUCAUUAUAGUUAUCCUCAUGGUGUGAACGGGCUAUAACUCUAAAUAGUGGAGUCCAUAUCAUUUUCAGAGUGAUUUUUUUUAUCUUAUGAGUGAUAAAACAUUGACAGCCAGUAAAGGUCUCAACAUGUGGACAAGAGAGCUGUCAGUCAAUAAAUGUGAAAAAGUAACUUAGAUAUUUUACUGUAAAUUGAAAAAGUAAUGUGUUACUUUACUAGUUACUUGAAAAAGUAAUCUGAUUACGUAACUCAAGUUACUUGUAAUGCAAUACCCCCAACAUUGGUUAUCAUGCAUUAUAUUUUUUGUUCUUGGUGUCUUUCUUGCUGUUUUGGUGCAACAGAACUCAGUUCUGCCAUCGUACAGUAUAUUACAUCAGUCCACACUCAGCAGCUUUAUGGCUCUUAAUAAAACACACACAUGGUGAUUACAUCACAAUCCAUGUGUCAUAAAAGGGACUGCAGCACAGGAGUGAUUGUUGUGCAGAGACAUGGUGUCCUGCAGCUUGUAGUAGCUCAGGUAUUCAGCUCGGCCAUUUGGUCCACAUCACAUGGUCUUAGUUGGCAAGAGUUGAGGUCACCUGGCGCCUGCCUUGAUAAGAGCCCAGGAACAGACUGACCUCCUGUCAUUUCAACACUCCACAUCUUUGAACAAGGCUUCAUGGAUCAGAACUGGUCAAAAAGAGUGUUAGAUACGGACGGAUCCCAUGAGAAAGGACAGAGGAAUGGGUCUGGCCCGGUAGCAGUGCAGAUGUGCCAGUCCAUCCUGCCCUGCCAUGCCAACCACCAGGGAGAACUGGGUGCAGGACAGCUGCUGAAGUGGAUAGACACUAUCGCUUGUCUGGCAGCUGAAAGACAUGCAGGAAUGGCGUGUGUAACGGCUUCCAUGGAUGAUAUCCAGUUUGAAGAGACCGUAAGGGUUGGGCAGGUUAUCAAUAUAAAAGCCAGAGUUAACAGGGCUUUCAACACGAGUAUGGAGGUGGGCAUCUAUGUAACAGUACAGGAGGUGCUCAGCGGGGUCACGAAGAGGGUUUGCGUGGCCUUCUCCACAUUCGUCGCCAAACCGACAGGAACACAAAAGGUGUCUCUGAGACCCUUGGAUGUUCAGGGCUCCGUAGAGGAAAUUCUGGAACAUUCACUAGCUUCAGAGAGACGACGGCUCCGUCUCUACAAUGAAGAGGCCUUCAGGAACCUCAUGAAGGACUAUUACAACCUUCAAGACAAGGGACUGUGCAGCAGGAAACCCAAGGCACCCGUGGUGUCGACCGAGCUCACACGGGUUGAGAGCAUCGAGCUGGUCCUGCCGCCACACGCCAAUCACCAUGGAAACACGUUUGGAGGACAGAUCAUGGCCUGGAUGGAGAAUGUGGCUACAGUUGCAGCCAGUCGUUUGUGUGGCUACUAUCCUUCUCUCGGAGCUGUGGACAUGUUCCGCUUCCGAGGUCCAUCCAGUGUCGGCGACAGACUGGUGUUCAAAGCCAUGGUCAAUAAUGCCUUUCAGACCAGUGUGGAGGUGGGUGUUCGGGUGGAGGCGUAUAACUGUGAGGAGUGGAAUGAGGGGACACCAAGACACAUCAACAGCGCCUCCAUGAUUUAUUACAUCCCAGGACAUGAUGGUGAGCGACAGACUUUUCCUGACGUCACCUACACAACUCUUGAUGGAGAAAGACGAUUUCUUGGUGCUAUUGUCAGGAAGAGAAUUCGCAUGGCCAGAAAACACAUUCUGUACUCAAGAGAUGAGGGACCAAUUUCCGUGCCUUGGGACAGAAGUAAUCAGGUGUAUUUGGGGUAUAACAACGUGGCAGCUCUCACAGUCUUAGCUGGAAAACGGGGCUGGGAGGCCAGUAACAUCAACGAUAAGGUAGCAGUUUACGUGCACGAGGAAGCAGAUAUGCUGUGUUUAAAAGUUGAGAUGGAGGUUAAAACGAUGGCUUUUCAUGCUUUCUCGCUGCUCUCCGACCUGCGGUUACGGCCACAGUGGGACAAAAACUAUCUGAGCUGUGAAGAGGUGGAGAAAGCAGAUGAGGAGGAAACCAUUUAUCACAUUAAAUGCGCCACAGUUAAUGGAGGCAAAAGUCGGGAUUUUGUGAUCCUGUUGUCAAAAAGGCAACCCUGCAAAAAUGGAGACCCUUAUGUCAUAGCGCUCCGCUCCGUCACCGUGGCAACAGUUCCACCUGAGGAUAACUCCAUUCGGAGCGAAGCUAAAUGUGCAGGAUUCCUCGUUCACGAAAUGGGUUAUUCAACCUGCAAGGUGUCAUACUACAACCAGGUGACCUCUGGAGUGCUGCCCUAUGUGGAGGGAAACUUAGCGGGCUGGUCCAAAUCUAUGGAAGAGACGGCAAUGUCCUGCAUUUCUUUUUUGGAGAGAGAUGUGCUUACCACAGUGUUCUGAUGUGCAACAUUGUGAUUAUAGGAUUUUUUUUACAUUUAAGGUUACAAUAAAGACUGCCACGAUUAAAUGAUUAGUUCACCUCAAAAUUAAAGUUUUGUCAUUAAUUACUCACACUCAUGUCGUUCUAAUUUCUGAUUUUUUUUUUCAUCUUAGGAAUACAAAUGAAGAUUUUUUUUGAUGAAAUUUGAGUGCUUUCUUUCUCUCCAUUGACAGCUACGCAACUACCAAUAUUUUAAGACCCAGAAAGGUAGUGAAGACUUCAUAGAAGUAAUCCAUGUAACUCCAGUGGUUUAACCUCAAUUUUAUGAAGCGAGGUGAGUGCUUUCCACUUUACAAAAUAUUAAUCUCAAAGGGCGUUCACGCAACAUCUGCUCUCAUGUCAACACAACACGUUUCAUGGUGCUCUUGUGAAUACGUUAGAGAUUAAUAUUUUGAAAAUGAAGUAAAUUAUACAUUUAAUUUUUAUUGCACAAACAAAGCACUCACUUCGCUUCAUAAAAUUGAGGUUAAACCACUGGAGUCAUGUGGAUUAUUAUAACGAUGUCUUUACUACCUUUCUGGGGCUUGAAAGUAGUAGUUGCGUAGCUGUCAGUGGAGGGACAGAAAGCUCUCAGAUUUCAUCAAAAAAAGAUCUUCAUUUGUGUUCUGAAGAUAAAUGAAAGUCUUAUGGGUUUGAAAUGACAUGAGGGUGAGUAAUUAAUGACAGAAUUUUAUUUUUUGUUCAUUUCAUGUUCUUAUUUAUCAGCUGGGAAAAACCUUUCUGAAAGUGAUUCCAAUAUUGUUUCCCUGUGUUAUCGUUAUAGCUUACACGUUUCUUGGGGGAAUGCAAAAGUUUUGCUAGAAAAUAAAAAGCAUAAAAUUGUUCUUAUAAAUUUAAUAUACCAACACAGAAAAAACACUUAAUAUCUCUCUUUUAUAGAGAAUAUUUGUACAGAGGGUCUUGUAAAUAAAUGCUGUUUUUCAUA